AUGGCUGUCCUAAACCUCCUUGUUCUCCCACUUGUGUUUCAUGCUGUUUUGUCAGAUUCCGCAAACGUUAAUAUGAAUACGACACUUUCUACCAACGACAAUGAUCCAUGGCGUUCAUCUUCGGGUGAAUUUGCUUUCGGGUUUCGCCAACUUAAUGCUACGGAGCAAGCCAUGUUCAUGGUUGCCAUCUGGUAUGACAAAAUACCCGACAAGACCAUUGUUUGGAGUGCAAGAACAAAUUACAACCUUGCAACAGCACCAACCGGAUCAAAGGUUCAGCUAACAUCACAAGGGCUCUCGCUCAUAAAUCCAGAAGGUGGUUCCAUAUGGACCGCAAAACCACAAGGUGUUGUUUCUCACGGAGCUAUGCUUGACACCGGCAACUUUGUUCUCCAAGACGUGAAUUCUGAUAAUGUGUGGGAAAGUUUCAACAACCCCACUGACACGUUGUUGCCUAACCAAUCUCUGUCUCUCAACCUAAAUACCACACUAACUUCUAGAUUCACAGAUACCAAUUACACAAGUGGAAGGUUCCAACUUUAUUUUCAGGAUGGUAUUAGUAGCACUAAUAUCUUGCAAAUGAGCCCACUUGCAUGGCCUACUCAAGGACGUUACAAUCUUUAUUAUAAAUUUGAUGCUCCUGAUUCAGCUUCACGAUUAGUGUUUGAUGAAUUAGGGAAUAUUUUUGUAGAGACAGUGAAUGGGACUAGAAUCCAACCUCAAGAUCCAACAUGGGGUGACUCGACUCUUGAUCCUAAGGGGUAUUACUAUAGAGCAACACUUGACUUCAAUGGAGUUUUCACGGAAUAUGCUCAUCCAAGGAACACAGGUGGCAACCAAGGGUGGACAAUUGUGAGGUAUGUUCCUGAUAACAUUUGCACUGCAAUAUUCAGUGACACGGGUAGCGGUGCUUGUGGCUAUAAUAGCUACUGCUCCAUGCAAAAUAAGAGGCCUCUUUGCAAAUGCCCUUAUGGGUAUUCGUUGGUGGAUCCAAGUGAUCAAUUUGGUGGAUGCCAACCCAAUUUCACCCUCGUUUGUGGAGCGGAUAUUCAAGAACGGCCAGAAGAACUAUACAACAUGUAUGAAUCGAGAGAUUUUAAUUUUCCUUCGGGAGACUAUGAAAAGUUACAACCUUACUCUCCACAGGAUUGCCAGCAAUCUUGCUUGCAGGAUUGCAAGUGUGCUGCUGCCAUCUUAGGCGGUAACACUUGUUUUAAGAAAAGAUUUCCCCUUGCUAAUGGAAGAGAAGAAGUCCGUAAUCAAAGUUUUGUCUACAUCAAAACAAGAGUUAGUCGUGACUUAUUUCCUAAUGCAACCGUGGAACUUCACCCUGCUCCUGAUUCAAACAACAAUGGUCGAGUUAAGCCAAUUCUUAAAGGUUUACUAAUUAGUUCUAUUGUUAUUAACAGUUUACUUAUAGCUACGGUUGUUUUGAUCCUUGUCUUGAAGCCAAAAAGGAUUGUACAAGCUCCAAGUCUUUUGGAAACAAAUUUACAUUCGUUUAACUAUGAAGCAUUGAAAGAAGCCACAUGGGGUUUUAGUGAAGAACUAGGAAGGGGUUCCUUUGGCAUAGUAUACAAAGGCAAACUAACAGCAGCGACUCAUAAUGUGGUUGCUGUCAAGAGAUUGGACAGAUUGGCACAAGAACGAGAGAAGGAAUUCAGGACUGAGUUGAGUGCCAUUGGUAGAACUUACCACAAAAAUUUGUUAAGGUUGAUUGGAUUUUGUGACGAGGGAGUCCAUAGACUACUUGUUUACGAGUUCAUGAGCAAUGGUUCUCUUGCAGAGUUUCUAUUUGGGCAAUCCAAACCCAUUUGGAAUGUAAGGGUUGGAUUUGCUUUGGGGAUUGCAAGAGGGUUGGUUUACUUACACCAAGAGUGUGACACUCCUAUCAUUCAUUGUGAUAUUAAACCUCAAAAUAUACUCAUAGAUGAAUAUUUCAAUGCAAAGAUCUCUGACUUUGGGUUGGCCAAGUUGUUGUUGUCUGACCAAAGUAGAACCAAUACCAUGAUUCGAGGAACUAGAGGAUAUGUGGCUCCUGAAUGGUUCAAGAAUGUUCCCGUGACAGUUAAAGUGGAUGUUUAUAGCUUUGGUGUGAUGUUGUUGGAAAUAAUUUGCUGUAGAAGAAGUGUGAUGCUGAUGGAGUCUGGGGAGGAAGAGAAGGCAAUAUUAACAGAUUGGGCUUAUGAUUGCUAUAUGGAAGGAAGAAUUGAUGCACUUGUGGAGAAUGACAAGGAUGCUUUGGCUGACAUUGGAAGGUUAAAAAAGUGGGUAAAAAUAGCAAUUUGGUGCAUUCAAGAAUAUCCUGAAAUGAGGCCAACAAUGGGGUUGGUCAUCGAAAUGCUACAAGGCUUUGUUGAAGUCCCUGAUCCACCAGCGCCUCAUUCUUUCAUCUAG